CACCUCUCCCUGCUUGGGCGCCGCCGCGCGAGCGCUUCCCUUCCCCCUGCGAGCGCCCGGAUAAUGUCUGAGAAUGUCCAUUUCUGGGACGCUUAGCAGCUAUUAUGUCGACUCGAUCAUAAGUCACGAGAGUGAGGACGCGCCUCCAGCCAAGUUUCCUUCCGGCCAGUACGCGAGCCCCCGGCAGCCGGGCCACGCGGAGCACCUGGAGUUCCCCUCGUGCAGCUUCCAGCCCAAAGCGCCGGUGUUCGGCGCCUCCUGGGCGCCGCUGAGCCCGCACGCGUCCGGAAGCCUGCCGUCCGUCUACCACCCCUACAUCCAGCCCCAGGGCGUCCCGCCGGCCGAGAGCAGGUACCUCCGCACCUGGCUGGAGCCGGCGCCGCGCGGCGAAGCUGCUCCGGGGCAGGGCCAGGCGGCGGUGAAGGCGGAGCCGCUGCUGGGCGCGCCUGGGGAGCUGCUCAAACAGGGCACGCCCGAGUACAGUUUGGAAACUUCGGCGGGCAGGGAGGCCGUCCUGUCUAAUCAAAGACCCGGCUACGGGGACAAUAAAAUUUGCGAAGGAAGCGAAGACAAAGAGAGGCCGGAUCAAACCAACCCCUCCGCCAACUGGCUGCACGCUCGCUCUUCCCGGAAAAAGCGCUGUCCCUACACCAAAUACCAGACGCUGGAGCUAGAGAAAGAGUUUCUGUUCAAUAUGUACCUCACCAGGGACCGUAGGCACGAAGUGGCCAGACUCCUCAAUCUGAGUGAGAGACAAGUCAAAAUCUGGUUUCAGAACCGGCGGAUGAAAAUGAAGAAAAUGAAUAAGGAACAGGGCAAAGAGUGAAGAUUUCCCCCAGCCCUCCCCCUUCCCCAUCUCACGCUUAUUUAUCAGUGGUGGCUGCAGAGCCAGUGCUGUCUGGGAUGGAUUCAAGUGAAUGGGGAAGGGAGUCUUUCUCUUCAAAGUCCUUUUCUGCACCUAGAGCCUCUCCUUCCCUCCGCCCCUACCUGCCCUUCUCUUCUUCCUGGGCCUCAGGAGGAAAUUUUGUUGAUUUAGAAGGUAGAUGUAGUUGGUUCCUAAGAAGGUGAUGGGCCAUAAGGAAAGAGAGACCCUAGUGGAGCUCAUAGCGACCCCUCUAGUUUUUCUGGGAAGCCCCAGCCCCUCACCUCCAGCCUGCCUGUUCCCUCCCCUAACCUAUCCCAACGUCAUCCUGGGACACCCCAGCUGCACACAGCCCGGCAGACGCCUGCAUGUGUAAAGCCUGGAGCCCACAGUAAAAAUGGGGAAAGCUCACAGCGAACAGUCAAAUGCAGUGACACCCCAAACGCAGACCAUAGCACCCCAAGUCUGGCAGAACAGCCCACCCUCAGCAAGCCCAGGUUCUACCCUUUGACGCAAAUACACACCCAGAAGGUGUCUAGGGACACACUCCUGAUGAGGUGCUGCAGCGCAAGGGGCUCAGCCUCACUGUACUGUCCCAUCCCCAUGAGUCCCCAACUAUCCCUGGGGCAGAGACUCAAGGGAAAGUGGGGUACCCUCAGCCCUAAGCUGGUGGGCUAGAGAGGGCAAGGAAAGGCAGCAGUGGUCUUCUGGAGGCAUCUAUGGUUUAUGAAGGUGUUCCACAUACACACAUUUUGUUGCAGGAAGCGUUUAAUUCUGCAUGUUAUUUUCCUCUCCUUCCAACAAAAGGAGGUCAAAUCGUGGGUCGUAAGCCUUGACCAUGUCGUCCUCCCGCUCAUCUGUGCCCCCUUGACUGAGACUAUAGCUUCUCCAGCUCUACAGCGGACCUGCAUCCUUCCGCAUCCUCCCCAGCUCUGACAUCAACUCUGUUCAGCCAAAUCCACCUUGCACCAGCGAGUCAAGCCGCCCCUUGUAGAAAAACCCCUCCACCCUCCAUCUCUUGCUAGCUCAACCCCAUUAGAGGCAGGAAAGCUAGGUCAGGAGAGUCCCAUUGAGAGUUUAUUGUGAAUCAAUUCCGAGCUCCCUUCCCGGGUAAGUUGUGGAGGACAGGAAAGAGCAACGGCUCCAGCGCGCGGAGCUUGGCACCUUCCGCCCCAUCCAGCCCAGUCUCCAGCCACGAGGAGGAGCCCCGGGCUCGGCGGCUGCCCGCCCCAGCGCCAGGCCUUGCCUCCUGCGACUCGGGCCUGGAUGGCAAUACUCGCGGCUGCUGCGCGCACGCUCCUGGGGAACAGUCCCGCGUGCAAAGGAAAGACUGGAGAAAUCGCACCUAAGCAUCGUCCCGCAGCUUACUCUCUGCUUCCCUUCCUCGCUCGGCUCCCCUACCUCUCCAAUCCCCUUCAGUCCCAAGGACUCUUGCUCCUGUUUCUCCUGACCCUGCAAGGGGACAUUCCAGGAGAACUUUUUUGCUUUGUCGGUGGCUGUUGUGAAAUUGUGCUGUGUUUUGUGAUUUCUUUGGGGGUGAUUGUCUCGCCUGUUUUCA